GCUUCUAACGACGAACGGAUCAUAUUUUUUUUCUUCUUCUUAAAAAAAAAAAAGAAAAAAGAAAAAGAAAACAAAAAAACAAAAUUAAACAACAUUCAUCAGAUAUGCAUUUAGAUCGGAAAAAAACUUUGUUAGUAAUGUUCAUAAUUUUAAAGCAAUAACGAUUUCUAAAAAUUGCUAAGAUCGUGUAAUUUUGGAGACUCCUAAUAAAAAGAUUUGUACUGAUAUUAUUUUUUUAUUUUCAAGAACAAAUACAGCGCUUGCUCAAGAACAUAAUCUGUUCUUUUUGCAGCUGCGCAGGUGUGUCGUCGUCACCUUCUCAUUAGCAUCUUGACCAAAAAGCCAGUCACGCUAGUGAGAGUAUCCAACACGGCUGGUUAUUCCUUUGAAUCGUCGAAAUUUCUUUCAUUCUUUUUUUAAUUAAUUAUUCUAAUUGCUCGAAUCUUAAUCGAUCGAUUUUCUAAUAGUCUAUCGAACAGGACGAUGCAAUGGGCGAAGGAAGGAGAGAACGUUCUAGCAAAAGGUUAGAUAAACCAGCCGGAUGAACGAAAGGGCUAGGCAAUGAAUAGAUUGGAAAUUUAAGUCCGUAUUUAAUUUCCUGCUUUCGCCUAAAGGAUUCUAAGAGUAUAACUUAUCUAAUCAAUGUGCACAGGCAAGGGUGGAGCACUUCUUUUGAUAGAACUACUUGCAUAUAUUGAUAUGAUCGAUUUGACCUAAUCGAUAUGCGAAGGCAAUAGAAUAAAUCAAAGCAUGAGAACUUAAAAGAAUCAGAAACAUAGUUGAAAUAGUAUGCAAUAAAUAAUCAGGAAAAAAGGUGAGCCAAGUAAAGGUAUAUAAGGAUCUCGUUUUCUCGUAGCCUUUUUAGCCUUUCCCCCUUUGAAGUGAUUGCGUGCGAGUAUCGUCAACGAAACGCGUCCAGAUUGAAUCGCACGUCCUUUGGAAAAUUAUUGACCAUUGGUUAGAACGGUUUUACGGGUGCGUAAGCAUAUACCUUUUGGACAUUUGUUUGGCAGCGCAUGCAAAUCCUUCAUGGACGAACGGUUAAGAAAAAUUUGGGUUACUAGGUCGUCGUGAUUCCUGGUGCUCGUUUCUCGUCUUGGUCGUUGUCGUUCUCGUUGUCGUCGUUGUGAUUAUCUCAGGCACGAAAGAAUCACUAAGAACGCACGAGAUCUUUGCGAUUACAAUCGUAUCUGACCCCUCUCUGCGAUUACAAUCGUACCUGACCCUGUCCACCGAAUACAUAUAUGUUUGUAUCUACUUUUGAAGAAAAUACAUUGGAAUAAUUUGCUGAAACAUUUUCUAAAUUUACAUAAUGCAAACGAAGAAAAGAAGCAACGAUAAACCAUUCAAUCUCAUCACUUCGUGAUAAAAAAAAAAAAAAGUUUUUGUUAUAGUUAUAUAAUUAUUUUUCAAUGAAUUUAUUGUACUAUUAUUAUUUUUGUACGUAUUGUUUAUAAUUUUCUAAUGUUUCAAUUAUCAAAGAAAAUAUUUAAAAGUUACGUGUAUGGACUUAUAGUCACAUACAUAUUUAUACAAGUUCUAGUGCGCCGGUCUGAAGAACUACAUAUACUAUUUAUAUAUGCAUUAUUACGUAGUGCCUUCAUAUGGCUAUGCAAAUAUCAGUGUACAUUGUCUCUUAGAAAAAACAAGAUAUGUGGCAAAUGAAACCUAACCGGAAAAUUUUCCUUGAUUGUUAUCGAUUGUUUCGAAAAAGUUUCUUUAACAAAAUUCGUCUGAAAUCGCUCGAGGAAUUUAAAUGACAAAUAUGACAAAGCAUAAACAAAGAUCAAACUAUGGAGUCAACAAGUCAUCAUCGGAUUCUGAGCUAGCCCAGGAUAAGAAGAAUAAAGGACGAAAAAAUAAAUUGAAGGAACGAUGGCCAUUCGCGGAUGGAUUGACGGUCGACGAGCUUGCUCGUUAUAGAAGAAGACGCGUGGAAGGUCAUCCAAAAGAUAAUGUUAGUACUUGUGCCGAGUUCGACGUACUUGAGAAGGAUUUUUUAACCGAAUAUCGUCGCGCUUUUCGUGCAAAAAGUGAAGAACUUCUUAAGGAGAAUAUUUGGCCAGUGAAGAGCAAACGACCAUCGAGUUUUCUCCGAUUAGAUGAUGCCGACAAUGAUGUAAAACAAUACUACAGUCAAGAUUUUCAAAAAUAUGAACAACUAGAGCUUCCAUCGAGAAGAACGGAACAAAAUUCGUCUUUUGUUCUUGCUGAAGGAGACGGAACGAUGGAAACUCAAACGGAACAAUCAAAAUUUAUCGCUCAUACGAACGUGAUAGGUCGACCACCGAUCAUUAGAAGAGGUACCAGUUUAAAGCGAGAAGGUAAUCUAUACACGGACACAGAAAUGUAUUCAGCUUACGUGCCUCAUCAAGGCCAACAUAAGGCGGAAUUAGCCCGUAGGCCAACGUCCUUGAAAAUGGAGGGUGAAAUGGAAACAAUGACCGAGAAGUGUGAGAAGUUCAUUCAAUGGUUAAACGUCAGCAGGCCGGAACUUAUGCGUGUACCAACACAACUUAAACUCGAGGGUGAACUCGAGACUACCACAGAAAAUCAUGAGAAGUACGUCCCUUUUGUUGGGGCGAGAAGGCCAGAAUUACUUAGGCAAGGUACGAGUUUAAAACUCGAGGGUGCAUCAGCUUUCGUGGCAGAAUAUUCUGACGUUUUCAAGGAGCACGCAGUCACUGAAAGACAACCAGUAAGGAAACCUGAAACCCAUUUGAAAACUGGUAAUAAGUUCUUCGAGAUUACGGAAAACAAGAACAAUUAUAUCAAUCCUCGUGUUAGAGAGGCUCAACUGAUGGCAGAAUUAGCAAGAGAUAUCGAAGAAGAAGAAAGGGUAGAAGAAGAAAAGAAAAAAAAAAGAGAAGAGAAAGAGGAAGAAGCAAAGAAGGACAAAGAGAUGCAAAUGUUAGUGUCGAAAUUAGAAGAAUUGAAGAGUCCACCCUUAGAAAUUCCAGAAUACAAAGAUGCCUACAAAGACUUUCCAAGAGAACGACCAACAUUCGCAAAACCCGAAGAUGAGAUUGGUCGAGCUGAUGGUUCCAAAGUACUCUCUUCGCCAACUCGUUUGAAAUUUUCAACAAAAAUUGAUCAAGACCCAGAAUAUAAAUCGAAGUAUCUUGAUUAUUCUAAAGAUUCCUUCGUUUAUCGUAAACCACCGUUGGCAUUAAGAACCACUGCAGUUUGCUCUGAUCGUUCUACCUGCAACAAAUAUAAUUUUUAUGAGACCAAACGAUACGAUUACGACGAGCCAACCAGCGAAGUAAAAUCACAAUAUGUUCCUUAUGGUCACAUUCCUCGUGUCAAACCUCUGAGGAUGCCAGCUAAUUUACGAUUGGAAGGUAGUCUCGAUCUACAACCAGAAUAUAGAAAUGCCUAUUGUAAUCAACGUGAUUAUUAUCGAUCUUCCUGUGAUCUUAAAAAACAAAGAAAUUGUGAAAGAAGUCUCAGUGCUACAAGAAAGAAAGAUAAUUAUUGGAUAAACAAUAAUAACAGCGAGAGAUUUGGUUGUGUAAAUGCUGCUGAAGAUCAGGAUGCUUUUCAAGUAUUGAACACUCGAAUUCAUGAGGAUAGUAUCAUUGGUAAACCUCCACCAAGUAACAGAAGACAUUAUAGAACAUCGCAGAAUCAAGAACCAAUACAAUCAGAUCCUAUUGAUGAUCGUACUAUAUUAAGAAAUCGGUCACCUAGUCCAACUUAUCGUCUUCACGUUUGCAACGUCGAUGAUGAGCCACGUGGUUUUGGUCAACGUAAACGUUCAACGCCAAUCGAGUCUUCCGAAAGAUCACAUGAUCCAUUGCCUGAUCGUUUGAAUAGAAACAAUAUUCAUAGAUCGUAUUCUCCUAGUUUCGGUAGAAACGAGACCAAAGAACAAUUGGACAAUGAGCAAUCCUUCGUCAUUUUGGAUAAUGUCAAUAAGUGUUGUAAUAAAAGGGAAACGCGUAGAAAAAGAUUGGAAAAAAAUUAUAACGUAGGAAAUAAUUUAUCAAUGACCAGAGGAAGACCAAGAACACCAACAAAUUGGAUGCCACCUUGGUACGAUAGUACUAAUACGAUCUAAUUCAUUAUGGAUCAUUGAAGUAAUCAUAAAUUGAUAGAUAACUCUUUAAAGAGUAUAAAAAAAAAAAGAAAAAAAGAAAAAAAAAAAGAAUUCUUAGACAAA